CCAGGUCAUUGGAAGGUGGGGGAUGGAGCCCAGGUGGCAGUUGGAGGGUGGGGAGGUGAGGCUGUGUGGCAGUGGGGUGAGGGCGGGACAGGUCCAGGUGGGGCAGGAAGCAGAGAUAUCCCAUUGGGCUGCUGGUGGGGGAUGGGGGGGGACGUGGGUGAGGGUGACAGUGGGGUCUUGGGGCCAGCAGGGAUCUGGGGCACUGGGGAAGGUGCCUGGCUGACGCCGCAUCCCCAACAGGGCUCACCGGGCUGCCAGGGUCACAAGGAUGGGGACGGGGCAUUGCCCACCCCUGGGGGGCACGGGGGUCAUGGCACUGAUCCUGAUCCUCUGCUCAGGCCUUAGUGGAGCAUCGAGGGUCGUCUACUCCGAAGUGAUCGUCCCGAGGCAGCUGGAGCUGAGGCAUGGGGCUGCCCCACAGGACGACGUGGCCUAUUUAAUCACGGCAGAGGGAAGAUACCACGUCAUCCAUCUGACGCGGGCGAAAAACCUGGUAGCCAAGGACCUGCCGGUUUACACGUACGGUGCCAGGGGAGAGCUGAUCACCGAGUUCCCCUACAUCCAGGACGACUGCUUCUACCAGGGCUUUGUGGAAGGUUCCCCAGGCUCCGUCGUGGCUCUCAGCACCUGCAACGGGAUCAGAGGAAUUCUGCAGAUCAGGGACCUGCGGUACGAGGUGGAGCCGGUGCAGAACUCCUCCACGUUCCAGCACCUCAUCUACCGGACGGCGCUGGAGGAGAGCUCGGUCCUGCCCUGCCAGCUGCCCAUGGAGCACCCAACCGAGGACGGAGACCUCGCCAACAGCAGCCGGAAAAUCCUCGUCAUCGAGGAGGUGCCCGGUCUCGAGAGCCUUCCCGUGUCCACCAGAUACCUGGAACUAGCUCUUAUCACCAACAAGGAGCUGUUCAAAGCCAAGGAACACAACGAGACCCUGAUGCUGCACCUCUUCAUGUCCAUCAGCAACAUCCUGAACACGGUCUACAAGCGCAUGAAGCUGCAGAUCGUCCUCAGCACGGUGGAGAUGUGGACCACGAGGGACCAGGUGGUGGCCACGCAGAGCCUGGCCCAGACGCUGCAGUUCUUCAGCAGCUGGUGCCACAGGGAUGCUGAGGGUCGCCUCAGCUACGACCACGUGGAGCUGCUGCUUGGUGAGCACUACAAGGAGCGGGGCUUUACCUGGAAGGGGACGGUGUGCCAGCCCAACUCCGUCGGCGUCGUCUCGUUCUCUGGCCAAGACACUGUCCAGAAUGUGAUGACCCUGGCGCACAUGAUCGGCCACAGCUUGGGCUUCAACCACGACGACGGGAAAAAAUUUCGGCACAAAUCCUGUGCCUGCAACUGCACCCACAGAGGAUGCAUCAUGGGAUCGUCGCCGGGAUCUUGCUUGGCAUUCAGUAACUGCACUCUGAAGGAAUAUGAUGAGGAAGUAAUAAGGAAAAGCAAACCUUGCCUGCUCAACAUACCGCCUUUAAAACCAUCUCUUUUCGAACUCUGUGGCAACGGUGUCCUGGAAAGAGGAGAGGAAUGCGACUGUGGCAAUGACAAGGAAUGCCUGGAGGAAGGAUGCUGCUUCUCCAACUGCAUGCUCGCCCCAGAAGCUUCCUGCUACAGAGGGGAAUGCUGCCACAAGUGUCAGUUUCAGCCAGCAGGAAAAAUCUGCAGAGCGUACCAGAGCGCGUGUGACCUGCCAGAGUACUGCAACGGCAACUCAGCGAGCUGCCCCGUGGAUGUGUUCAAGCAAGAUGGAACUCCGUGUGGCAACGACGACCUCUGCUACGAAGGGCAGUGCCACAGCCACGAGGCGCAGUGCAAGGCUUUGUUCGGCAGAGCCGCCCACCGUGCCCCGCUGAGCUGCUUCAGGGACGUGAACGUCCGCGGGGAUCGCUGCGGGAACUGCGGCUGGAACGGCACGCACUACACCAAGUGCCUGGAGCGGAACAUCCUGUGUGGGAGAGUGCAAUGCGUCAACAUCAAAAAAGUGCCGGUCCGGCAAGACGGCGAGACCGUGAUCCAGACCCUGGUGAACAACCAGCUCUGCUGGGGGCUGGAGUUCCACCUGGCUUUCGACACGCCUGACGAGGGCUCGGUGAAGGACGGCACGUCGUGCGGCACAAACAAGAUAUGCAUCAACAGGACCUGUGUCAGCGCAGCUUUUCUCCGCAGCGACUGCACCGUGAAGCAAUGCCAUGGCAGAGGGGUAGGUAGAAAACCUCCAGCUGUCCUUGGAAGAGUAGAGUACGUGAAAUGUAAAUUUGCCUUUCAAAGCAAUGGAGAGGUCCAGAACGGUUCCUGGCCCAGCACAAAGAUUCUUUUGGUUUCCACACAUGACUUCCCCCCAGAUCCUGCUCUGGCAGCCUGCAGUUCUCCAUCGCGGCGUUCGCCGCCUUCCUCUGCCGUUUUUCUUCUUUGUUCCCACAAACAUUGCAAAAAGCGACGUCCACGUCGCAACGCUUCACCCUUCAGUGCAGCUGUCAGCACCACCGAGUCCGAAUCCUCCGGAGCUGGAGAGAUCUCCUGAAAAAUGCAUGCUCUGUUCUGUAACGUUGCUCUCAUUUCCACCAAAGGAGAGUGGCCUAUUGAUCUGAGGGUGCAGAUUCCACGCUGCCCUGCUCUGCUGGUCCUGCUGAGACGAAGCGCUAGCGGCCGAUCCCCUGCGAAAACGCGGGGCUGCCACGUGACCGCUGCGUUUUUCACGCCCUAAAACACUCGUUUCCUUUCAGGUCUGCAACAACAGGAAAAACUGUCACUGUGAUUUCGGAUGGGCCCCUCCGGACUGCAGGGCAGAAGGGUUUGGAGGCAGCGUUGACAGCGGACCGCCUCCUUCUUACGACGGUAAGCGCGCUGCAGGGUGGGCUCAGCCACU